UAACUCGGAAGUGGAGUCGCGUUCUUUCUUCACGUGGAGUAUUAUGUUUUUGCGAUCUGCAGUUCCGUGAAAAAGCAAAUCACACAACAUUGGGGUAAAGUACUGACUUGAGGACAAUUUGGUGUGUCCGGGUGCCUGAAUGUCUCCCGAUUAAAGUCGUUCCAUUUGUUAUGUAGAAGUAUGACACAGUGGGUGACUCAGUCAGCGCAAUUGUAUCUCUCUCGCUGUCAUUUUUUUCUCACGAUCUGCUGCAGCGUCACUUCAUCUGAGAACCAUCGGGAUCCCCCGCUCGAUCGUUCGAUGUCCGUUUUCCCCAAAAUCAGCCUGAGAGCAGAAGUGGAGCAGCAUCUCAGCGAUGUAUUUAAAAAUGAAGAGCUGCUGGCUGAGAUGGGCGACACAGAGGCUCAGCGCAGGUUCGAGGAUCUGCUCAGCCUUCUUUCGCACCCCCCCGCUUUCACGUGCGUGCGAGCCAGCACCCACCUGGCCCCCCUGGAGACGAUACGGGACAGGCUGCUGGAGGAACUGCGGGAGAGACAAGUCGACUGGCCUGAACAAUCUGACGUCCCUAUACUGACACACCCUCAGCUUCCGGAUGUUCUCCUCCUUCCUGUUCUUGGUCCCAGGCCUGUCCCCCCACGGAAGUCAGAGGUCAUCGUGGGCGCCCAGUGUGGGAACGCUGUGCUGCGAGGCGCUCAUGUUUUUGCACCCGGCAUCCUCUCGACACCCCCGUACAUGAAGGCCGGAGAUGUGGUGUCCGUCUUCUCCGACGUCGAGGGGAGGUGCACGCGUGGGGCUAAGGGCUUCCAAGGAAAGAAGGCGUUCCUGGGGAACGGUGUUGCCGAGAUGAGCCGCGAUGGCAUCUUCUGCUCGGAAGAGAGCGUCAGAGGAGUCGCAGUGAGGAUGGUGGAUCCAGUGUACCGGAGCCCCUGCUUCGACCGCGUCCUCCCCAGCCUCCUCUUUCUACAGAACCUGCCUUCCGUGGUGGUGGGACAUGUGUUGGGGCCGUGCCCAGGCGAGAGGAUCCUGGACAUGUGCGCCGCCCCGGGCGGAAAGACGACGCACAUCGCUGCCCUGAUGGGAGGUCAGGGGGAGGUGAUCGCUCUGGAUAAGAUUGCACGCAAGAUGGAGCACAUCUGUCAGAACGCCCAGAGUCUGCAGCUGGACUGCGUCAGGGCCUACCGUUUCGACAGCAUCCGGGCUGUGAGCGGCGAGCAGAGCGCGAACCCCGAUAACCCCCACGGAGGUCCCCCCUUCCCACCGGAGAGUUUUGACCGGGUUCUGCUGGAUGCCCCAUGCAGCGGACUGGGCCAGCGGCCCAACAUGUGCUGCCCGUGGAGCCUGCGAGAACUGACGUCUUACCAGCCCCUGCAGCGCAAACUCUUCCGCGCGGCAGUGCAGCUCCUGAAGACCGGAGGCACCUUGGUGUACAGCACCUGCACCGUGACGCUGGCGGAGAACGAGGAGCAAGUGGCCUGGGCGCUGAGCACCUUCCCGUGCCUCUCUCUGCAGCCACAGGAGCCUCACGUUGGAGGAAAGGGAAUGCCGGGAGCCGGUCUCUCACACGACCAGCUGCAGCUGCUCCAGAGGUUCACCCCUGAGCGGGAAAUGAGCGAGGCUUCAGCAGGUUGCGAUUUGAACCCGGAUGCUCCCUGCAGCGUUGACCUUACCAAAGAAGAUUUAUCCGAUCUCCUCCAGCGAGCUAACGGAGACACUAUUGGGUUCUUCAUAGCCAAGUUCCUCAAGUCCUGAAGUCCUUGAGCUGGGAACCUUGUAGGGAUCAUAUUAUUUAUUUCCCCCAAAUCCUUUUGUGUUCUCACUGAGAGUACCUGUAAGAAAUAUUUCUUUGUAGCUUGCAGGUAAUGAUGGUGGUUGUGUG